CAUGCAGUUAAUAACACAAAUUACAAAGAAAGAAGUACAUGUAUUAUAUUUGUUGGAACUAUUGCUGUCAACUUCACUGAAAACAACAAUGUGAUCUUGAGAACUUAACAUCAAAUAAUGAAUUCAGCACCUUCUAUCUAUUCUUUGGUUAUAUUCAUACAAGUACCAUGAACUUCUAUCAUGACUAUUCCAACUUGUAACAACAUUUUGCACAAUAGUUGAAUUGUAAACUGCUAGCUUUCAACUAUUUAGACUCCGUGAUUGCCUUCCUCCGAAUCAUUUAUUAAAUGAACUGGCUCUUCAAGGCUUUGUAUAAAGCACAUAGACUGGUAAGUACCAGUUUGAUUUUACCAUAGUCAUAAUUACCAAAACAAACCGGUUGAUGUAAAACCACCAUAAAUGCAAUCAAUUCACUGCGAAACUGCUAGAUAAUCAAAGAUUAGAGGGGAACAUUUGAUACCUCCAAUUAGCUUGAGUUUGGCUGAUUUCAUAGUUUUACAGCCCUUCAUAGUAAAUCUACUAGUUAUUCCUUGUGAACUAAUUUGAUACAUAAUGUCUUGAGUUUUCAUUUGUAAAGAACCAGUUUUACUGGCAGACAUAUUUUUAUAAAACCAAGUAAAAAUAUACAUUUCAUAUUUAUCUGUGCAAUUUCCUUAAUUACACUCAAAUCUGGGUGAGUCACUUGCAGCUGAUUAUAAUCUAUACUAUGUAAUUUUACAAUCAACCCUCCUUCACAGUGCAGUUCUCACAAACUCCUAAAGAUACAUUAAUCUUUUACGAAAUAUUUGGAAGUCCUUUAGAAUAGUUUGAAAUUUUCAGUAAGUAGCCACAAGUCUUAGUCAUCAGUACUUUUUGGGGUUGCACACACAAAGAAAUAAUUAUAUAAAGAGAAAUGCUGUCAUUGUAGCCCGUUCUUUGCAGUCAAAUAAAGUUUAAGCCAAAGCCAGAUUGGUCUCAUUUAGGAGUUUAAUUGAAAUCACCAACCUUUUUACUUUGGAGUAUCUCCACCCAGGUUAUGUACAGCAAUGGCUCUAAGUCAUUUCCCGCUAUCUUGGAGCAAAACAGUACCCUUUUGAACUUUCUUUCCACAAACCUUUCGAGUAAAAUCUGGAACAGUGAUUGUGUUACACUAACUCCCACUCAGCCCAUAUUUUCUGUCUUUGAGGCCUAAUUGAAUUUCAUAUCAUAUUCCUCAAAAUGUCCAUUUACCACUCCAACACUUCUUAGAACAGUUCAUACCCUAGUAUGGAAAUCAAACAUCAUUUUCUAUCGACGACAUUUAAAUUUCAUUGGCUUAUCAAAUUCACGAGUUGGUUCAAAGAGCCUUUGAUAAACCUAAAUCAUGAGUCCCGUAGUAUUUCUCCCUAAAGAUUGGAAUGUUUAUCUUCAGUGCUGUUACGUAUGCUUCAUCUGUAAGUAAGGCUGUAUCAAAUUUCCAGAAGCCAGGUCCUCUUUUUUGGUUUAGGUGAUUAGACUGGAGUACAAGUGACACAGCGGAGUGAUCAGAUUCGGGUGCGUGGACGAUGUCACAUUUCUUUGCUAAUUAAAUUAACUCCUGUGAAACUAAGAAAAAAUCUAAGCGACAUUGAAUUUUAAAAGAUUUAGUUCUCCAUGUGAAACACUGUUUGUCUUUGUUCAGGCUUCGCCAUGUAUCACUUAGGUUAUACAAAUCACAAAGCGUGUUGAUUUCUUGGAUGACAGCUGAUUUUUUGGAUACAGGUUUUCCGCCUCUUUUGUCAUUUGAGGUGAGUGCGCAAUUGAAGUCUCCUCCAAUUACAAUUGUAUGUUGCGCGAAUUCCGCGAGUUGUUGGUUUAGUCUUUUGAAAAAAGCAACUUGUUGGGCGACAUCGUUAGGUGCGUAAAUGUUGACGAGAACAAUAACUUUCUCUUCCAGUGACAAUUUUAAAAUAAUGAACCUACCUUGUUUGUCUGGAAUGACUUUGUUUCAACUUUGAAAUUCACAGAGGGAUGAAUUAGUGUUAUGACACCUUUACUAUGGUUUGUGCCGUGGCUAAAGAAACCUUUGCCACCCCAUUCGUUUUCCCGGAUAGGUUCAAGAGCUUUGGAGCAGUAUGAUUCUUGCAAAAAUAUGACAUGAUGAUUUUGUUUGUGUAACCAUCGAAAAAAGGUUCGGCGUUUGACCGAUUUAUUAAUACCUCUAACAUUUAGUGACAAGCAUUUUAGGUCGAAAGGCAUUGGCAGUAUUGACGGUGUUCAUUUUGUAGGCGGUUUAAAGGAACACAAGCCAGGCGGAGUGAUAAAUAAACACGGAUUUCUUCCGACGGAAUUUCGUUAACUCACGACAAAUUGGUACAAAAAAUAAUUUAACUUUUUCGCUGAUUGGCUGCUGCGAGAAUAUGAACGAAUGAAAAAGACGGUUGUUUCAAGCGAAGUGGGUUGGUAUAACGAGACAGAUGGAGCAAGCGGCGGUUCGAGCGGUGCUUCGAGUAGUUCGGGAAGAACUUCGGUCGCUUUAGAUGUCGGUUGUUUGGAACCAUUUAAUCUAAAAGGAGAGCCACACAGUUUAAGCCAGCGGUGGAGGAGUUGGAAAAGAGCAUUUAAUCUGUACGUUACAGGGAAAGGAGUUUCGGACGAAGCACAGAAAAGAGCUCUGUUUUUACAUGUCGCGGGAAUGGACGUUCAGGAAAUUUACUUCACACUUGCUGCUGAUGCUGAAAGCGCUACUUUCGAGGCGACAGUUAAAGUUCUUGAUGAUUAUUUUGUUCCAAAGGCAAACGUUCCUUUUUAGAGACAUUUGUUUCGACAAAUUGUGCAGGUAAGUGGAGAAACCGUUUAUCAGUUCGUUGUAGGCUGCGUCAGCGAGCAAUCAAUUGUGAGUUCCGUGAAAACGAGAAUGAUUAUAUCCGUGAUUAAGUUCUUGACAAGUGUUAUUCCAGCAAGUUGCGUCGAAAGUUCCUGGAAAAGGAGGGAGCUCUAACGUUGGAUGAUUUGUUAAGGAUCGCGAGGUCACAAGAAGCUGUUGAUCGCCAGUUGAAACAGUACAGCACUGACCAUGUGAAUAAUCAAUUGGCUGACCAAGUGAAUGCAGUUGGUGACAAGUCGGAUGGAAAUAUGCGUUCUAGGAAUGGAAAGAAAUGCUUUAGUUGCGAUCAAGAAGGACAUUUCGGUGGAGACAAGAAGUGUCCAGCGCGUGACCGAACUUGCAGAAUGUGCGGUGUUAUUGGCCAUUUCAAAGUUAAAUGUCCCUGGGCUCAUCAGCGUGGUGGUGGUGACUCCGGAUCCAAAGGGGAUAAAGGUAGCAAAGGUGCUGAUGGUAGAUGAAGAAAUACUGGGAGUAGACGAAGUGACGGUAGAGGAAGACGUGGUCGUGGUCGUGGAAGGUCGCGAGAAACAAACCUUGUGGCUGACGGGAAUCACAGCGAAGAACCUACCAGAACAGUUCAGCAUAGUCCCGAGUUUGCAUUUUCUGUGGAGCAUUUAACUGGCCAUAAGCGACAAAGUAGUGACUUGAUAAUCUUGAUAGUCGGAGGUGUAGCUGUAUCUGAUGUCCUUAUUGAUUCUGGAGCUACUUGUAACGUGAUGGGACAAAAACUGAAAGGAAUAAACUGUGAGUCACGCAAGUCAGCCCGAAACCUUUUUGCUUACGGCGGUACGGAACCUUUACCGACUCUUGGAACUUUUACUGCAGAUGUAACGCUGACUGUUAACAACAGCGGUUGUAGAGCAGACUUCGUGGUGGUCAUGGGCGACGACCGGACGCUACUGGGUCGUGAAACCGCGGAAAUUCUUAAUCUUUUGCACAUUAGUCCCUUCCAAGCGAACAAUGUUGACAGUAGAGAACUUGAGAGUUGUAUCCGAGAGAAAAACAAGGUCUUGUUAACUGGUGUUGGUCUUUUGAAGGGAUACGAGCUUAAACUCCAUAUCGAUGAGUCCGUGACGCCUGUGACCCAGCCUGUACGUAGAAUACCGUUUGGGUUACGGGAGAAGGUGGACAAGAAGCUCGACCAGCUUCUGGAGCUCGACAUUAUGGAGGAAGUACCAGAUGGACCUUCAGGAUGGAUCUCACCUUUGGUGGUUGUUCCUAAGGGCGAUGGAGACAUAAGGGUGUGCGUGGACAUCCGUCUUGCAAACGAAGCAAUCAUCCGUGAAAGACACCCGAUUCCAACGGUGGAGGAGCUUUUACACGAUUUGAACGGGAGUACCAUGUUCAGCAAGAUUGAUCUCAAAUGGGGUUUCCAUCAGAUUCUGCUUAGCGAGGACAGUCGACACAUCACUACUUUCGUCACACACAGAAGUCUUUAUCGUUAUAAGCGGCUGAUGUUUGGAGUGACGUCCGCACCGGAGAAAUACCAGCAAAUUGUCAGAGAUGUGUUAAGGGGUUGUCCCGGAGUUGUGAACAUUGCGGACAAUCUAAUUAUUCAUGGCAAGAGCGUAGAGGAACAUAACCGAUGACUUUUUGCAGUGUUGGAUAGGC